AUGGCGAAAAGAGAUUUACAUGAAAUGCGAAAAGCAAAUAACGGAGUUGAGGAAGCUCUCGUACCUGUAUUACUACGCAUCACGCUAUGGGUGUCGCGCGUUCUAUGCGCGGUGCCGGCGCGGCUAAAACGUUCGCGCAGCGGUUGGUGGCUCGCCGUGUCGCCGACAUUGGCCAAACUACAGUGCCUGAUCGUCGUUAUCAGUCAUACUCUAAUGCUGACGGCAUUUACGCUCGAAUUACUGUCGGAAAACUCCGACCGCGUACGUUUGGGGAGUUCAUUGCUUAACGUGGGCAUGUUCAUCGCAGAGUCGUUAUUGUUGAUGCUCGUGUAUAGCGUCGGCGCGUGGGCUGCCCCGCGACAACUCAGGCAGAUCAUCCUUGUGCUUCAACAGUUGACAAAGUUAGAUACAAAGCUGCGACGCGAGUUUGAGGAGAAACACAUCAACGUGGAGAUGCCUCAGUACAAGCAGAUUAGGGCAUUUUUACACGCGAAAAGCGAAGCAUUGUUGCGCGAUACGCACUUUACCGGCGUUACUUCUAAAAACGCGAACACUUCUAAAGAGGCAACGGGAACUUUACCGAAACCGAAGCGACUUAACGUCACGCAUACUCUCCUCUCUCCUACCGUGAACCCCCUUCCAAAGGGUGGUGACAAACAAGAGGUGAAACCGAAAGUUUCGGGAACUCCGUCAGUUUCGGCAACUCUGAAAGUUGUCCGAAAAUGUUCCUUCUGUGGUGAAGAGCACAACAUAUCAGCCUGCAAGGACUUUAUAGCUAAAUCAGUGGAUGAACGAAUGGCUCUUACCACGGAGAGGAAAUGGUGCUACAACUGUCUUAACGCGUCUCAUUCAGUGCGACAAUGCACAUCGAUAUUCUCUUGUCAGAAAUGCAAGCGGAAGCACCACACUCUGUUGCACCGAGAGCAAGCUGCCAGCAAUCCUGAACCUUCUGGUGAAAAAUCAAGCUCAGUCGUCUUACUAGCUAAAGAAUCGUUGACUCCGUCCAAUUCACCUUCGAAUACGACCGUGCUACUGGCAACCGCGCUCGUCCAAAUUCGUGAUGCUUCAGGCGAGUUUCAGACAUUCCGGGCUUUAUUGGACGCCGGAAGUCAAAACAAUCUUCUCACUACACAAGCGGCUCAACGGCUGAAGUUGGAGCCUACACCGACUAGUGAGGGGCCAUGCGGCCUAGGAGGUGCACCCGCAACAGUGACUGGCAAAGUCACAUGCGAUAUAGGUGCCAAGGAUACCGUACAUUUCCGUCUGGAAAUGUUUGUUUCACCACACAUUUGUGAUGAACAACCAAUCGGAAGACUCAAUACGAGUGGAUGGGAGGAACUCAAAACAUUACCGUUAGCUGAUCCUGGUUUUGAUAUUCCUGGUCCAAUUGAUGUCUUGCUCGCUGCCGAUGUCUUUGCUGAGUCACUUCUCGACCAACGUUUGAAACGCUGCGUCAAUAAACCGCGUGCUCUCAACUCUGUCUUCGGAUGGCUGAUUGUCGGUAGAAUCCGACUAGCAUCGUCGUCUUUAUUAAGUGUGCCAUCACCUAAUAUGGAUGACAGCUUAAACAAUAUUGUUCAACGCUUCUGGGAAAUCGAUACCGUUCCACAUUCUUCCCGAUUAACCCCAGAUGAACAACUCUGUGAAAAUAGUUUCACAGACGAGCAUUACCGUGACGAGACUGGUAGGUACGUCGUCUGUCUCCCCUUCAAAGAUAACGCUGAGCCUGUGUUUGAAGGCUCUCGGGAGAUAGCGUUACGACGCUUCCAUGCUAUCGAAAAGCGCCUUUCUCGUGAUCCAGACUUGAAACAACAAUAUGUUGAUUUCAUGACCGACUACAUCGAAAGUGGUCACAUGACUUUGGUGCCUGCUAAGCACAUGGGUCAAGGCAAGUUUUAUGUGCCGCAUCACUGCAUUCUGCGCCCUGAGAGUGCCACAACGAAGCUUCGCGUUGUUUUUGACGCUUCAGCUAGAGAUGCGCAUUCCAAAUCGCUUAACGACUCGCUAUUAACAGGCCCAAAGUUACAAUCCAACAUUGCGGAGAUUCUUCUUCACUACCGGGAGCACGAAGUGGUCUUUAUGGCCGACGUGCGCCAAAUGUACCGUCAAAUUAACGUUGCUCCGCAUCACCGGGAUUACCAGCGUAUUCUCUGGCGAGCUCACCCGGAUGAGCCUCUUCAGGAAUACGUAUUGAACACCGUAACGUACGGGAUCUCCUCGGCUCCGUUUCUUGCUUGCCGAACGAUCCAGCAAUUGGCCAACGAUGAAGGUCAUAAGUACCCGAAGGCCAAAACCGUUCUAACUUCCGAUAUUUACGUCGACGACGUCGUUACCGGCAGUUCUUCGCUGGAUGACGCUUGUGACAUCAAGUCACAGGUUAUCGCACUUUUCAAGCUCGGCGCGUUCGAGCUAAGAAAAUGGGUAAGCAACCGACCCGAACUUCUUCGGGAUUUGCCCUCAGAAAUGUGUCUCUCGGACGCCAUCGCAUUUACCGAGGCCGAAGACACCACCGUUAAGGUCCUUGGCCUUAAAUGGGAACCUGCUUCAGACUCGUUCGUUUUUAACGUCCAACCUUCUAAUCAACCGUGUACCAAACGAACGAUUCUAAGUGAGGUCGCCAGAAUCUUCGACCCUUUGGGUUUCUUGUCUCCAUUGACAAUCCAAGCCAAAGCCUUGAUCCAAAAACUUUGGAUUCUCGGCUCUUCAUGGGAUGAAACUCCUCCUCCGGAAAUUGUGUCCCAAUGGAGCAAUUUCUCUCAGCAACUUCCUCAAGUUAGAGAUUUGAAAAUCCCUCUCAAAUUCACCAUCGAAGGUGCUCAAUCGUAUCAGUUGCACGGGUUUUGUGACAGUUCUGAGGUAGCGUAUGGCGCAGUUGUAUAUCUACGUGUCACCGUGUCUGAUGGCUCCGUCCGCGUCCACCUCGUUUGCGCAAAGGCCAGAGUUUGUCCACUCCGGAAACAAUCUUUGCCCAGAUUAGAACUGUGCGCAGCAGUGCUACUUGCUGAUCUCAUCAAAUUCGUCAAGGACACGCUACGGCUGCCUGUCGACGAAACUUACCUUUGGUGCGACUCAACUUACAUUGGCUUGGUUACGCGCUCCGUCCUCUCGUUGGGUGACAUUCGUCGCAAAUCGUGUUAG